AUGGGCAAAGCUAUGAUCGCGCUAAAGAGCGCGCCCCGUCGGAAGCUGCAGGUGCUGGCUAUGGAGAUGAAGCUGUGCCGAGGGAAUGCCAAGUCGGAAGUGAUCCUGAGCCACGCGGUGCAGUUCCUGGACGACCAUCCGAAGGACGGCGAGCAGCAGAUGCUGGACGUGCUGAACAGCAUUGAAAGCACGUCACCUACCGCCAAAGCCGUGGGGGGAAAGCGAGCGGUGAAGCGGGAUGUGGAGCCGGAAGUAGAACCGGAGGUUUGCGUGAAGGAGCUGAAGGUUACCGCGUCCAAAAGUGCUAGUAGGGAGACUGUACAGUUGACGCUUGCGGACUCGAAGCCGAAGAAGAGACUGAAGAGAAAGCACGCGCCAAGCACUACAGUCUCUAAGAAGUCUACGGAGACUGAUGCUUUACCAUGUGAGAGCUCUUCUUGUGACAUUGAGCUGGUGACGACAAGGGAUGCGAAAAAGAUGAAGAGCAAGCAGAUGCCGUCUUCUUUGGCCGUCAAGAAGUCGAAGAUCAAGCAGAUAUCGUCUCCUGAAGCUGUUAAGAAGUCUCCUCGAACCACAACGUCACUUGCUGAGAACGAUGACAGUAAGAAAAAGCUGGUGACGCCUUUGGGCACGAAGAAGGAGACGGCAAAGAGCAAGAAAGCGCCGUCUCGUACCGUUGUUAAAAAGGCUCCUCAAACUACUGCAUCAUCUGCUAGUAGUGAGGCCAACGAGGUGAUGCCUUCGGACGUGAAAAAGAAUGCUACUAAGCGCAAGCAGACGCCGUCUCCUACAGUCGCCAAGAAGUCGAAAAUCGAGCACACGCCAUCUCCUACUGUCGUCAAGAAGUCCCCAUGUACCACUUCAUCGGCCGCUAAGAAUGCUAGCAAGGAGACCGAUGAAGUGACGCCUGUAGGUGCGAAGAGGAAGAAUGAGACAAUCAAGCGCAAGCAGAUGCCGGCUCCUACAGUCGCCAAGAAGUCUCCAACUACUACCACUGCAUUGCCCGCUGCGAGCACAGGCAGUGAUACUAAGCUAGUGACGCCUAGAAAGAAGAAGAAGAUGGAGGUGCAGACGCCGUCUCCUACUGUCGUCAAGAAGUCUCCAUCUACUACUGCACUGCACGCUGCGAGCACUAGCAGUGAGACCGAUGCGGUCACGCCUGCACUUGCGAAGAAGAAGGAGACACUGGAGAGCAAGCAAACGCCGUCUCCUACAGUCGUCGAGAAGUCGAGACUCACGCAAAUACUGUCUCCUGCGGCUGUCAAGAAGUCUCCAUCCAUCUCUGCAUCACCCGCAGUGAGCACUAGUGAGACCAACGAGGUGGCGCCUUCGAACUCAAAAAAGAAGACAACAAAGCGCAAGCAGACGCCGUCUCCUACACUCGUCAAGACUUUGCCAUCUACCACUGCUAUACCCGCUGCUAGCACUAGCAGUGAGACCAAUGCGGUCACGCCAAUGGAUACGAAAAAGAACAAAACGGGGAAGAGCAUGCAAAGGCCGUCUCCUCCAGUCAGCACGAAGACUUCUAGCUCCAUCACGUCAUCCGCUGAAAGCUCAAGUCUCAGUGAGCGGCCUUUGGCUACGUCUACGAACGUGCUCCCUGCUGCGAUCAAUCAAAGACCAACGGCUGCAGCAAAGAAGGUCGCUCUUGUCAAGCCUGAUGCUCUUCCUAGCAAGAACGUUGUGUCCGCCCGCAAAAAAGAGACGGAGAUCAAGCCGCGGGAGACAGUGGAAGCUCUCGUCCAGUCUACGCCGGAUCUGACAUUUAUUGGAGACUCGCGAGUACGGUGCUCUACGACAGGUCACGAGAUGGUGGCAGACGUGGACGUCAUCAACACGUACCUGCAGGGCAAGCGCUACCAGAAGGCCUGCAAUCUGAAGCUUUCGUUUGCAAAGUACGCGCCCAUGUUUGUGGAUCACCCGGACGAGCUGAAGACGGACAUGUUGUGGUGCAAUGUCACAGAGUCCGCGAUUGCUCGUGACGAGAAGCGAGUGAACGACCACAUUGGCGGUUCCAAGUACCAGAGCCAGCUACCUAUUUGGAAAGAGCAGGAGGCGGCCAAGAAGAAGGCAGAGGAGGCGAAAGAAGCUCGUUUGCACGCAGCUCGCACGAUGGCAGCCAAGAAGAGGAAAUUAACUGGCAAUGCAAUCGGUGACAACCCAGCGAGGAACAAGCGGCGAAAGCGCUCGACCAUGAUGAAAUCGGACAAGUAG